AUGGACGCGAAAUCUCUUGAUCCUGAAGCGCAGUCUGACCGACUACCAGAUGAAGAAGUCAACGAAGAACACCCGGCGUAUGCGUCUCAAUAUGAUGUUUUCUGGCAGGAGCCAGCCAGUGAAGACCCCGAAAAUCCGAUGAACUGGAGUUUCAGGCGCAAAUGGAGUAUCAUUGGAAUGGUUUCUUUUAUUACUUUUUUGACUCCCCUCGCCUCUUCGAUGUUUGCGCCGGGUAUCACACAAGUCCUCGAAGACUUCGGCUCAACAUCUAAUCUCCUCUCGACAUUUGUCGUCUCAGUUUAUGUCCUAGGAUUUGCCCUCGGACCUCUGAUUGUCGCACCCGUUAGUGAGUAUGGUGGCCGCACAUGGGUCUACAAUGUUUGCAAUGUCUUGUUUGUGAUAUUCAACAUCGCCAGUGCACUUGCUCCCAAUAUGGCAUCUCUGGUAGUUUUCCGAUUCCUCGAUGGGUUUGCGGGUGUUGCUGCCAUCACAUGUGGUAGUGGUACAAUUGCAGAUCUUGUGCCGAGAGAGAAACGAGGCCAGGCAAUGGCUAUCUGGUCCCUGGGACCGCUAUUCGGCCCAAUCAUUGGCCCCGUCGUUGGUGGGUUCCUCGUAGAGGCGACAAAUUGGCGAUGGGUGUUUUGGGUUCUUGCCAUAGUGGGCGGAGCGGCAUCGGUCGUUUUCUUUUUUGUCGUGCCUGAGACAUAUGCACCAAUUCUCCUUGAGCGAAAAGCUGCUCGGCUGCGAAAGUCAACAGGAGACACGGCAUAUAAAUCUCGUUUAGAUUCCGGGAUACCUCCAAAACAGCUUUUCCUGCGAAGCCUCAUUCGGCCAUCAAAAAUGCUUGUUAUGUCCCCAGUAGUGGCCUUAAUGUCCAGCUACAUUGCCGUUCUUUACGGUUUCCUCUACAUCCUCUUCACAACAUUCACGAUUGUCUUUGACGGUCAGUAUGGAUUCUCUGCCAGCGCCAGCGGCCUGUCUUUUCUUGGAAGUGGAGUGGGAAUGUUGGUUGGUCUUGCCUACGUGGGGACAUUGAGUGAUCGCAAGAUCAGGAUCAAACUCGAGCGCAAGGAGACACCUGUCCCUGAGGACCGACUUCCCAUGUAUCUUACCAUACCUGGGUCAUUGGCCAUUCCGUCUGGUCUUUUUAUCUACGGGUGGUCGACAGAUAAAGUGGUCCAUUGGAUUGUUCCCGAGAUUGGAAAUGCGACUAUUGGGUUUGGAAUGAUCGUUAUAUUGAUGUGUGUUCAGACAUAUCUGGUAGACGCUUUCCUGGCUCAUGCUGCUAGUGCUGUGGCUGCUUGCACUGUUCUGCGAAGCUUACUUGGAGCUCUUCUUCCUCUUUGUGGAUUGCAAAUGUACGAAAAACUUGGCCUUGGGUGGGGGAAUAGUUUGCUGGCAUUCCUUGCUUUGGCAAUGGCCCCUAUACCGAUUUUGUUCCAAACCUGGGGAGAGAGGCUGCGGACAAAGUGGACUAUUAACUUGUAA